ACUUCCUUCUGGACUGGAGUUUCGUAUGAUGGGAAUACCAUGAGGGUUCACUUGUGCUGUUGCAGGUCAUUGGGCCGCGUGCGAACACACGUCGUCAUCGGGUUUAUCCUGCUGCUGCUUCUGGCUGGAGUCUCUCUGACCUUUUUACUGCCCAACAAUGAAGACAUCAAUAUUCUCCGAGAGCUCCGACGAAGCUCCAACACCUCACGAACCCUGGCGGACCCAGAGGAGAGCUUUACUAUAAUUAUGCAGACCUACAACCGCACCGAUGUUCUCCUGAGGCUCCUCAACCAUUACCAGGCAGUUCCUCACCUGCAGUGCAUCAUUAUAGUGUGGAACAACCCAGGAGAAACGCCACCCAGGAGGCUGUGGGACGAGCUUGGCCCUCAUCCUGUGCCCGUCCUCUUCAGGGAGCAGAGAGUCAACAGAAUGCGCAACCGACUGAUGAUGCACCCCGAUGUCAAGACUGAUGCUGUUUUGAUGCUGGACGAUGACAUAUUGCUGAGUGUUCCUGAUAUCAGCUUCGCAUUUUCUGUCUGGAAGCAAUUCCCAGAUCAGAUUGUGGGAUUUGUUCCACGGAAGCAUGUAAGCUCUGCAUCUGGUGUUUACAGCUAUGGCAGCUUUGAGCUUCAGGAUCCUGACAAAGGUGGAGGAGACAGGUAUUCAAUGAUCCUGGUGGGAGCUUCGUUCUUUCAUCGCCGCUUCCUGAAGCAGUUCCAGGAGCAGCCUGCUGAAGUGCACACCCUGCUGGACCGAACGCAGAACUGUGACGACAUCGCCAUGAACUUUAUCGUGGCCCGUCAACUUUCAAAGCGGCCCUCCGGGGUGUUUGUGAAGCCAGUGCAUAUGAGUAAUCUAGAGAAGGACGCUAGUAGCGGGUUUGUUGGCAUGUGGCAUCGACCGGAGCACAUGCUGCAGCGCUCCUACUGCCUCAACAAACUCGCACAGAUCUACGGACACAUGCCGCUCCGAUACUCCAACAUCAUGAUCACUCAGUUGGGCUUCCCAAGCUAUGCUAAUCACAAGAGCAGGAUGUGAUGUCGGCAUAUUUGAGAAGCAGGUACCGUUUCUUUUUUUCAAGUUCUUUGAACAAGUGCGAUCUCAAAAUGUGUACAUCUCACCAAAAAUGGAGCUAUUCUGGAACAAAAGCAUUUCUACAUUCUCAGGAAUUGAUGGUUUUACAUACAAUCAGAAUUUAUGGGUUACAGAUAUGAUUUUUUAUGUAUAUAUAUUCCUUUGACGGAAAUCCAAAACCAAACACAUUCUUUAUAAAUAUUAACAAUAAUAAUAGUAAUAUUGAGAGUAAAUAAAAUAAUUUAUUAAUAGCAUUUUCAAUAACAGCAUUUUUAUUAGUGCCAAUAAAUAACAAGUGUAAUGUAGAUUUUUUUUUUGUAUUUCACAGAUAACUAUGAAGCAUUUCAACAUUUUUUUAAAUGUUUACUUGAUAUUAACUUGCAAAUUAUAAAUAAAAUGUCAGCAUAA